AAUAAAUCCGGUUAUCGGAGGAAAGUGGGCUUAAGUUUUGGGAGUUGUCCCGCUUUAUACACGUUAUGGAAUUAUUAUAUUAUAAGUGACGUUGCUUAAACUGUGACGUCAUUCAUUCUUUCUUUCCCACGCCACAGCAGAGACAAGACGUAGAAAAUUAGGUUCCGUAUAAAUUAACAAAUAUGGUUUCAAAAGAUACAAAUUUUGGUUGAAUAUUUAAUUUUAUUUAUUUAACUUGGUAUAUUGAAUGAAUGUCUUUCAAAAAAUCGUAAUUUUAUUGAAAGUUUGGAAAGAGAAAAAAGCACAUGGUCUUGAUCCUGUAAUUUGUUAAGAGAUUUUUAAAUUUGCCGUUCUCUUCCGAGAAUUACUAUGAUAUGUCAUUGAGAUUUUUAUUUGUUGGUUCAAUUAAGUUGAACUCAUGAAUUUUGUUUCCAGAAAAUAGAAUUUUAACAGUGAAAGUUUUGGAUAAAAAACUACGCACAUGGUUUAAAUGACACGUGUCGCAUGGACGUAUGCGAUUUGGAAUCUUACGUUGUAUAAACUUUUCCAACAGCUACGAUGUGAGCAAUUUGAAGUGAAAUCAAUAAUGAUCAAAUGGAGUUCAUAUGAAAUAAUAAUAAAAUAUAAAAAUAAAAAUAAUAAAAUGUAACUUUUCAAAGGUGAUUUCACUAAUAUUAUUGUAGUAUUUUUCAGUUUAAAAACCAUCGUACAGAAAUGGGAAAGACGGUGCGCAUGUCGCAAAGGCCCACUAAAAGUCCGUACGCAGCGAAGAAAAGGUUAAGGUCCUCAGCACAGCAGUCCGACGAGGUUAUAUACCAAAGAGUACAGCCAAGGGAUGUACCUGCACAGUUGGGAAGCGGAGCUAGUAAUAUCGCUGGACAGAAUACUUCCACGCAAGUUCCAGCUCAGAUGACUCCAGAACUUAGGAAUGAAGUUAUUCAGACUGUCAAUUCCCUUAUUCACUCACCAGCUACUGUUACAUCUCCUGAUUCAAUCAAUGAAAGUCAACAAUUGAAUACAGGUAUAACACCUAAUAUUUUACCAGUAUAUAGUGUAAAUGAUAGGCUAGGUUUAAAUGUUUCACAACAAACUCAGGACAAAAUAAUUAAUGGUGAAUAUGUAGAUUUAAGUAUUUUGCUUACAAAUUCAAGCACAGAGCAAUCAAUUUCUUUAACUUUAGAUACAAAUGGACAGCUGGUUAUCCAAGCUAAACCAAGUAAAAAGAUUACUGAUAUUAACACAUGGAUAGAUGCUUUCCUAAUUGACACAAGUAUUUGUGUUGGUGUGCAUUUAGAAGAUACACAAAAUAUUUUAAAAUAUAUGUAUUCGGUUAAGUUGGGUGCGAGUCGUUCAACUGGGCUCGGUUGGAAGGACUAUGAUCAACAGUUUCGUCUAAAGAAAGCUAGAAAUCCAUCCAUGUCAUGGGCUACAGUUGACCAAGAACUUUGGCUGUUAUAUAUUCAUACAGGGCAGGCAACUGCACCUAGCAGUUCUGUGGUUAAUAUGGUUAACACUUACAGGAAGUGUUACGAGUACAAUAACAAAGGUGCAUGUAUUUCACCACAAUGUCGAUACAUUCACAAAUGUUUGAAAUGCAAUGGUUCCCAUCCUGCCAUCAAUUGUAGGGUCCCUCAAAAUGGGACUGGUUCACGAAGGGGUAAUUUUCGUCCCUUCAACAGAACAAAUUUCAGACAAACCGGAAGUGGAACAGAUGCAGGUAGACAGCUACCCUUUAUCCGAAAUACAUAGGCUGUCAAAAACUCCAAUUAAGGUCGAAGUUUUAUUAAAAUUUAUUACAAAUUAUCCUAAUCAGGUGGACAAACAGAUUUUAUCUGAUGUUUUUUUAUAUGGUUUUAAAGUGAGUUAUGAAGGACCAAGGUUGCCUACAAAUUGUCACAAUUUAAUUUCAGCAUAUCAAAACAAAAAAGAACUUGAAAUUAAACUUUUAAAGGAGUUAGAGUCGGACCGAAUUGCGGGUCCAUUUUCAUGCAGGCCAUUCAAAAAUCUACGUUUAUCUCCAAUAGGUCUUGUUCCUAAAAAACCGUCUGGAUGGCGUCUAAUUCAUCACUUGUCAUAUCCAUUUGGUAAAAGUGUAAAUUCUUUUAUUGACCCUCAGAAUUGUUCGGUACAAUACACUUCUUUUGACAAGGUUCUUAAUACUAUAAGUGAAAUAGGACCAAAAUCGCUGAUGGGACGAAUGGACGUGUCCUCGGCAUUUAGAUUGAUACCAUUACAUCCCGAUGAUUUUGAUUUAUUUGGUUUUAAAUUUGAUGAUAAUUACUUUUUCCAAAAAGCAUUGCCAAUGGGGUUAGCGGCUGCUUGUAAUUUGUUUGAAAAGUUUGCCACUUUUGUUGAAUGGUUGGUUAGGUUGAGAUCGGGACAAGAAUCUGUGGAGCAUUAUCUGGAUGAUUUUUUCUUUGUCGGGAAAGUAGAUUCAAACAAUUGUUUAAUACUUAUGAAUUCUUUUUAUGAUGUUUGUACCGAAAUGGGCAUUCCUCUAGCGGAAGAAAAAACUACUGGUCCAUCCAGUAAAAUAACUUUUCUGGAUUUAGAAAUUGACACUAUAAACAUGGUUAUAAGAAUUCCGCUUGAUAAGUUGAGAGAAACAAAGAAAAAAUUGUCCUUCAUUUUAAAAAGUAAAAAGGUUACGCUAAAAGCGUUACAAUCACUAGUUGGUUUAUUGAAUUUCUGCGCAAGAGCAAUUCCUGCAGUGAGAGCUUUCAAUAGACGCUUUUGUGACGCAAUGUGUGGAGUAGUUAAACCAGAACAUUUUAUUCGAGUUUCUGUUAGCAUGAAAGAGGAUAUACAUAUGUGGUUAACAUUUUUAGAUUUAUUUAAUGGAAGUUGUAAAUUUGGUAAAAAUAUCUGGCUGACAAAUGAACAGUUAAAUUUGUACACUGAUAGUACAGGAAAUUCCAAACUUGGAUGUGGAGUAUAUUUUUCCGGAAAAUGGGCAUACUUUGAUUGGCCCGUUAAAUGGCAUGAAACAGAAAUAAUGAAAGAUAUGACAUUUUUAGAACUUGUACCAAUACUAUUGGCCAUAUAUCUUUUUACGUUCGAAUUGAGAGACAAACAAAUUAUGUUUCACACAGAUAACUGUUAUUUGGUUGCUAUUUUGAAUAAAAAAUCAUCAAAAUCGAAACGAGUUAUGCAGUUGGUUCGACCGCUCGUAUUGCAAACAAUGGUGUAUAAUAUGCAAUUUAAAGCAUGCUUUAUCGAAGGACGUCUCAACUGCAUAGCAGAUGCAAUUUCUCGUAAACAGUGGGAAAGAUUCAGAAGCAUAGAUCCAGCGGCAGAUCCAUUACCAACACCAAUACCACGAGAUUUUCUGAGGCUGAUAUCGAUGUUGAAAUUAACAAACUAGUGGAGUCUUCAGUAUCAGUGAACACUAAAGAGACAUAUCGUACUGGUUUAGUGGUUUUCGAAGCGUUCCGUAAAUUGUAUAAUUAUGAUAUCAUUUGGCCACCACUUUUAUCGCAUGUAACUACAUUUAUUGCUUAUAUGUCACUCAACAAAAGGGCUUAUAGGACAGUUAAUUGUUAUCCGUCUGCAAUAAAUUUUCGUUGUAAGUCAAUGGAACAUUCUGGGUUUUCAAAAAAUUUCCUGGUUCAAAAAAUGCUUGAGGGUUUAAAACGUAUAAACAAAUCUAAAGAUACAAGAUUGCCAAUUACAAAGGAAAUAUUAAUACGUAUCAUUGAUAAAUUACCAAAUGUUUGUUCUUCAAAAUUUGAAGCAAGCUUGUUUUCAUCUGCGUUUUCGUUGGCUUAUCAUGGGUUUCUUAGGAUAGGUGAAAUAGUACGCAAUAAAAAGUGGCAGGCGCACCAAGUAAUAGCAAUUGAGAACGUUACAUUGUCAAAGAAAGAUUACAAUGAAAUUGCAAAAAUUGUUAUCCCAUUCUCAAAAACUGACCAAUAUGGUCAUGGUACAGUUAUAGAAAUAACGGAAACUAAACUAAAAGAUUGUCCAAUUUAUUGGUUGAAAAAUUAUUUAAUGCAAAGACCAAAGGUUAAAGGUCCCUUAUUCUGUCACUUCGGGGGAUGUCCAGUGACAAGGUACCAGUUUUCAUGUGUUCUAAGUAAGGUUUUAAUACAUGUAGGGAUAACCGAUUCGGUUUCAUUUCGAACACAUUCUUUCCGUAUCGGUGCUGCUUCAAGUCACUUUGAAAAGGGAACCUCCGAAGAAGAGAUAAAGAGACUAGGUCGCUGGAAGUCAAAUGCAUUUAAGGGGUACAUUCGUUAACUAGUUGCAAAGUAUGAUAACAUACGAUAUUGAUUUUCUUUCAAAAACGUUCAAAUUCAAUCAAUACAAAAUGUACGUACACCAGCUUGUUAAAUAUCAAAUUAACAAAUUUACAAUUCAUACUUUUUUAUUAGAUGAAUCUUCAAGUCAACAAGAACACAAUUCAAUUUGGGUUGUUGGGUCUUCGAUUGUAAAACAUGCGUUUAUAGAAGCUAAAAGAUCAUUUGAUGGCUGUAGCUUAGGACUACAUAGAAAAAGUUACAGGGUAUGGUGGCAAGGUAAAGGUGGCAUGAAAUGGGGAGAGCUUGUACCAAGAAUAAAAUUUCUUCUACAAAUUGAAUCCCCUCCAAAAAUUUUAGUUAUACAUUGUGGUGGUAACAGUAUAGGGGCUAUAUCACUCUUUAAUUUUAGAGAAACCUUGAGGUCUGAUAUUUUGAAAUUACACGAAAUGCUUCCACAAACAAAAAUUGUGUGGUCCCAGAUUCUCCCGCGUUUUAAGUGGAGAUAUGGUAAAAACCAACAAGCAAUGAAUAUAGCAGCCACAAGAAUUAAUAACUUUGCCGCUUGGCUGUGUAUACAAUUGGGAGGAUGUUACAUAAAAUACCCGUAAAUAUCAUAUAACAAUCCCAGAAUGUUCACAUCUGACGGAGUUCAUUUAUCUGAUUUGGGCAAUUGUUUUUUCUUAUAUCAUUUACAGGCUUAUUUAAUGAAUAUGGUCAUUUAAAAGUACGGUCACGGCGGUUGUGUUAUGUCGCUACCGCAUUUGUGGCGGUGGUCGAACUCAGUGUCCAAUAACACUCAGAAUAGCCACCGAAUUCGACCAUAUGGCGAAAAUAGCGACACAACAUCUACAAAUAUAUUAGGCUUCUUAUAAUGGAAUUAUGUAUCCGCUGAGCUUCUGUUUCCCAGGGCCAGCAUCCGAUAUAUUUUGGAAGCAAUAAUGUUAAUAAGGAUAUUAUGUUGAUAUAUAAGGAAAUGACAUUAUAUUAAAGGAAUAACAAUAAGGUGGAAAUAAGCAAUAAGGAAUGGACACUAAUUUGGAAAUAAGGAAUAAGGAAUGGACAAUAAGGUUUAAUUAUAUUAUAUACAUGUACUAGGGACUUGCCAAUUAUGUUUCUCGGCAGUCCCAUUCUUUGUCAAGCCGUGGCCGUACAAUUUUGUACUUUUGCCAAAUAAAAUAUUUCUAACUUUACAUUUGUAUGUCAUUUGGCCCAACGUUGUCUCAGAUAAUAAGAUUUAUUCCUAUGAAGAAUAAAUCCGGUUAUCGGAGGAAAGUGGGCUUAAGUUUUGGGAGUUGUCCCGCUUUAUACACGUUAUGGAAUUAUUAUAUUAUAAGUGACGUUGCUUAAACUGUGACGUCAUUCAUUCUUUCUUUCCCACGCCACAGCAGAGACAAGACGUAGAAAAUUAGGUUCCGUAUAAAUUAACAAAUAUGGUUUCAAAAGAUACCCACCCACCCACCACUUAAAUGUAAUUUAUAUGACUUUUGUAUAUAUGUUAUAUCAUGUUGUUCGAUGUUCUGCUGUUUUUGUUCUAUUUUUCAGGUUGAAAAGAUUGUUAGUUUAUUUCGGUUAUAAUCCCAGUCCUUCGUCACGGCUUCAGACAAAGACGUCCACAGACUUCAACCAUUUGGCGAAAAUAGCGACACAACAUCUACAAAUAUAUUAGGCUUCUUAUAAUGGAAUUAUGUAUCCGCUGAGCUUCUGUUUCCCAGGGCCAGCAUCCGAUAUAUUUUGGAAGCAAUAAUGUUAAUAAGGACAUUAUGUUGAUAUAUAAGGAAAUGACAUUAUAUUAAAGGAAUAACAAUAAGGUGGAAAUAAGCAAUAAGGAAUGGACACUAAUGUGGAAAUAAGGAAUAAGGAAUGGACAAUAAGGUUUAAUUAUAUUAUAUACAUGUACUAGGGACUUGCCAAUUAUGUUUCUCGGCAGUCCCAUUCUUUGUCAAGCCGUGGCCGUACAAUUUUGUACUUUUGCCAAAUAAAAUAUUUCUAACUUUA